UUUUCACCAUACUGUGCUCCAGGAGGAUGUGAGAACUGUUGAGAGUGGGAGCAGAGCAGAGUAGAGGAGUUAUAAAUUUUGCCUAAUUCACCAUUUUUUCGGGCAGGUGCUCAGGCUAGGCUUGUCCUAAAAGUCAGUUGUGCCAAGUCAGUUCAGCAGCAGGUGAGCACGGUUACUGGUAUAAAUUGCUCCGUGGGCAGGUACAUCACCUGUGCAGGAGGACGUCUUGGCAUCCAUCCAAGCCCUGCUUUCGACCUAGAUCUGCCAUAGCCUUCUUCCCACAGCCACACGGAGGCGCCGUGGGGUAAGCCAAACCGCUGAGCUUCCGUCUCCCCUGUUGCCGCUGUAGCUGCCUCGAGUUGAAGCUGAGCAGACCAGAUAUCAUGGAUAAAUAUGAUGUAAUUAAAAUGAUUGGAAAAGGAGCCUUUGGGAAAGCAUUCUUGGCAAAAGGAAAGGCAGAUAACCAGCCAUGUGUAAUAAAGGAAAUCAAUUUAACAAAGAUGCCUUAUCGAGAAAAAGAAGCCUCCAAGAAAGAAGUUAUUCUUUUGGCAAAGAUGAAACAUCCAAAUAUUGUAAAAUUCUUCACAUCUCUUCAAGAGAUGAAUAAAUUAUACAUUGUGAUGGAGUAUUGUGAUGGAGGAGAUCUGAUGAAGAGAAUCAAUAGGCAACAUGGAGUCCUCUUUGAUGAAGACCAGAUUCUGGGUUGGUUUGUGCAGAUCUCCCUGGGAUUGAAACAUAUUCAUGAUAGGAAGAUCUUACACAGAGACAUAAAAACACAGAACAUUUUUCUUAGCAACAAUGAGAUGGUUGCAAAGCUUGGGGACUUUGGCAUAGCAAGAGUAUUGAACAAUACAAUGGAACUUGCUCAGACGUGUGUUGGAACACCUUAUUAUCUGUCUCCAGAGAUCUGUCAAAAUAAGCCCUACAACAACAAAACGGAUAUUUGGUCUCUUGGCUGUGUCUUAUAUGAGCUAUGCACAUUAAGGCAUCCUUUUGAAGGUGCCAGCUUACACCAGCUGGUGCUCAAGAUUUGUCGAGCACACGUUGACCCCAUCUCUCCAAGGUUCUCUUCUGACUUACAGACUCUAAUAACUCAGCUUUUUAAAAUAUCUCCUCGAGAUCGGCCAUCAGUUAAUUCCAUCUUGAAAAAGCCCUUCCUGGAGAAGCUCAUUGCCAAAUAUUUGGCUCCUGCGGUAAUGCAAGAAGAAUUCAGCCACACAAUAAUGCAUAGAAAGAGACCACCAGUUGCACAACCUUUAACUAAUCGGGUCCAAGGUCCAAUAAUGCAGAAAAAAAGAUUCCAGGGAAAUCAUCCACCAAAAUCUAAGAUCCUGAUGCCUCCUAAGAGACAGAAAUUGUUACCUAGAAAAGAAUGGAUUCCUCCUAGUGCUCAGAAACCAGUACUGCAUCAAAGCCCCCAGAAAAAGGUGGUAGGAAAGCCAGAAGUUGCUCCAGGUUGCAGACUUUAUGGCCAUUUUUAUGCUCAGCUGGACAUCUUAGAGAAGAGAGCUUAUGACCCAAGGCCUGCUGAGUAUCUUCAGAGGAGAUUGGAAGCUCAACAGUAUAAACUGAAAGUGGAAAAACAAUUGGGUCUUCGUCCUUCUUCAGCUGAGCCAAACAACCAAUUACAAGUUCAGGAAAGAAAGAGAGAACAGCCCAAACUCCAGGAUCUACAGCUCAAGAGGAAUGAAAUUAAGCAACAGGAAUAUCGGAAACAAUUAGAGGAAAUACGCCAGCAGUACCACAAUGACAUGAAAGCUAUUAGAAGGAAGGUUGGAAGAGGACUUGAGGAGGAUUCAAAUAUAAGUCAUAAGACUUAUUUCGUGAAGCAGGGAAACACAUAUGCUCACCAGGAUGAACCUGAGGAGGACACUGAAAGAAAAUUGGAACAAAUCAGGCUACAGAGCAACCAGGAAAGGAAGAUGCUAGAACAGAAAUAUAAGGUUAAGGGAGGUAUAAAGUUUGAAAUAAAUUUAAACAAAUGCAUUACUGAUGAAAACACCAUGCAAGGGGAGGAGGAAAUAGAUGCACUGAAUGAAACUUUGACUUUUGAGGAUGGUAUGAAGCUUAAGGAAAAUAAGCUUAUAAAGGAAGAUGAAGAUGAUAUGGACCAAAAUUUAAAAAAAAAAUAUUGUCCAGAAGCAGCUGUCGACAAGCAGGAUGUCGUUACAGGAGAAAAGAGGCGGCACUGGAGCGUCCAAGCUCCUCAGACACUGUUACAUAUAAUAGAGAAGGCAGACAUCGUCUCAACCUGCUCUUCCGCUGAUGGAGAUGGCCAGGUUAUUGUAACUGAAGACAGCUCAGAAAACAGAAAACAAUGGAAACAUGAAUCACCAGGGACACUAAUGAAUAUGUUAGCAGUGGCAGAGCUGGCUACUGACUCCUUUUCUGCAAAUGAACAAGAAUUUGUGGAAUCAUUAAAGCACUGGCUUCCUAGUGAUGAACAGGAGGGGAAGGUGGAACCAACCUCUGAUAUUGAUAUGGAUGAAGAACAAGCAGAGUCCAGAUCUGACGACGAUGACACAAAUUUUGAAGAAUCUGAAGAUGAGUUGAGAAAUGAAGUGGUAGAAUCUCUGGAAAAACUUGCAGUUUCCAAAGAGGAAGAAGAGGAAGACGAGAGGUCAGAUCAUUCUAAGGAGGGAGAAAAGUCAGGAGGAGACCGUGUGAGUGACCAGACAUCAGAGACACGAAAUGCACCUUUAGAGGAGAUCCGCAUUCCAUCUAAUGCCAAGAUCUAUGUUGUAGAUGAAGAGCAAGAAGGAACAGUUAACCCCAAUAUAUAAGUGUGACUAGAGCAUCCUUUCUGAAAUAACAUUCUAGCUUCUCAGCUCUGCUAUCUGAUUUGAAAUGCAUGUCACAGGCAAUAUUUUUGCUUCAUCAGCUUUCUAAUGAGAAGGGAGUGUAGGGUAGUGGAUAAAGAACCAGCUCCUGAGCCAGGAAGACUUGAUACUAUCUCUGAUACUUACUGGCAUUGUGACCAGUGCAAGUCACUUAGACUCUUUGUCAACUUUCUAAGGCUAUAAGGUGCUGAUUUGUCUUGGUAGAAUGAGUUCAGCACCAAGAACUCUAACUCAAUGAGAUCUCAAAUACAGUCCCUCUCUAAUUUUCCCAGUAAUCCUUCAGGGGGUUGUUAUUCCCCCCUCCCCCUACAUCUGAUGCAAAUGUAGAAAUUACAAUUUUGUACUUUAGAAAUUUCAACCUUAAAACACUUUUCCAAAUACCCAUUCUAUUUAAUAUUAUGAUAAUAAGCUAAGGAAAGUCACCAAAUCCAGACCUAUGGAGAAUUAAUUCUUUUGGGAAAUAAACAGAAACAAAACUUGUGGUCAGCUCAGCCAGGUCCACUGCCACAAUAUUUCUGAUCCAUCUGCUAUCUAUACAUUAAUUAUAAUACUCAUUAUUAGAUAAUUUUACAGUGUUCUCAAUUUUUAAAAAAAUGGAUUAAUCUUGUUUCUCUUUUUAGAUAAUAAACACUGUGAAGACAGGUAACAUGCCUUACACUUCUUUGUAUCCUCCCUACAACACCUGGGCAGUACUUAGGUCCUGUCUAAAAGAACUGAUUAGAUAACAGAAGCUAAAAAUAUAUUGACUUUCUGAAAUGAUAGGAGUGAAUUGGUAGCUUUAAUUGCUAUAGAAAUACAAGUAGGAUCCUGUCUGAAACAACUGUCCGAAAAUAGAAAUGAAGUUUAUAUAUAAUGGAAAUUUAUUUUAAAUUAAAAAUGGCAAGACAAAGUUGGGGUACUUACAUUUAGAAAUGACAUAAAAGCUGUGGCAGGGGCCCAAUCUUGGAAGUUAAAGAAAAAUUCAAAAUGUUCAAUAGUAAAUUGACCUAACUACCAGCUAUUGGUUAAAAAACAAACCGGCAACAAGAGGUAUAGCUAUCCAAUUGCUUAGGCAGCAGUUGUGACAUGACUUCACUUUCAACAGGCAUUGGUGCUUCCAGUCCCCUCCAGACUAUGGGAAAGUGUCCAAGAGGGUCAUAUCAAGGGCAGACUUUGAAUCCAUAUGGACAUCCAUCAAGUGUCACAUCAAAUUUAGAUAUUUUGGUAUGCCCUAAAGACUUUAUUCACACAUUGACUGUCCUUUCAUGUUUAUCUUUCAAGCAUAUUAUUUUUUAAAAGAAAGCCCCAUCUUUCCUUAAACCAUUGCCUGGAAUAAUACCUCAUCUUAAAGGCAUAAAAAAAUCAAUAUCAUAUUGCUUGUCUUCUCAAGAGAUUAUGGGAGGUACAACUCUAGCAAAGGAAAGUAAUGAAUGCUGGAGGGGGUGUGACAAAGUUGGGACAUUAAUUCACUGCUGGUGGAGUUGUGAACUGAUCCAACCAUUCUGGAGGGCAGUUUGGAACUAUGCCCAAAGGGUGCUAAAAGACUGUCUUCCCUUUGAUCCAACCAUAGCACUGCUGGGUUUGUACCCCAAAGAGAUAAUAAGGAAAAAGACAUGUACAAGAAUAUUCAUAACUGCGCUUUUUGUGGUGGCAAAAAACUGGAAAAUGAGGGGAUGCCCUUCAAUUGGGGAAUGACUGAACAAAUUGUGGUAUAUGUUAGUGAUGGAAUACUAUUGUGCUCAAAGGAAUAAUAAAGUGGAGGAAUUCCAUGGAGACUGGAAGAACCUCCAGGAAGUGAUGCAGAGUGAGAGGAGCAGAACCAGGAAAACAUUGUACACAGAGACUGAUAAACUGUGGUACAAUCAAACAUAAUGGACUUCUCUAGUAGUAGCAAUGCAGUGAUCCUGAACAACUUGGAGGGAUCUAUGCAAAAGAAUACUAUCCACAUUCAGAGGAAAAACUGUGGGAACAGAAACAGAAGUAGAACAACUCCUUGAUUACAUGGGUCGAGGGGCAUAUGAUUGGGGAUAUAGACCCUAAAUGAUUACCCGAUUGUAAACAUAAUAAUAUGAAAAUAGGUUUUUAUCAAGGACACAUGUAAAACCCAGUGGAAUUGUGUGUCGGCUAUGGGAAGGGUUGGGGUGAGGGGAGGAAAAGAGCAUGACUUGUAACCAAGGAAAAAUUUUCUAAAUUGACUAAAUUAAAAAAAAAAAGUUUAUGGGAGGUGAUAGAGGGAAGAAGUGAAUUUGGAGCUCAGAACUUUUAAAAAAAUGAAUGUUAAAAUUUUUUUUACAUGUAAAAUUGAGCAAUAUUUAAUGAAAUAAAAUAUAUUUUAAAAGAUUUAUACAAAAA